AUGGGAAAGAACAAAAAAGUUAUGCCAGACACAGUAAUCAGCGUAGAAUACAAAGUCUCAAUGUAUUGUAACGCUUGUGAGAGAACCGUUGCAAAAGCCAUUUCCAAGUGUAAAGGAGUGGAAAAGUUCGUGACAGAUAUGAACGAACACCGCGUGGUGGUAACAGGUCGCAUUGAUCCAAAUAAAGUUCUGAAGAAGAUAAAGAAAGAGAGUGGCAAGAAAGUGGAGAUUGUGGAAAACAAGGAUGAGGAUUCAAAUGAUGGAUUCAAUAAUGAACGUGAUAGCAUUGUUUUGGUGCCACCUUAUUAUGUGUUUGAAAAAUAUUGCUGCAUUAGCACUGAAACUUUGAUGAUGUUCAAUGAUGAAAACCCUAAUGCAUGUGCACUAAUGUAG